AUGGAGGAUAAGCCGCCGGAAUAUGUUUCCCCGCCGGAGACGUGGAAGUCCAAGACGGCUCUUCGAGCGGCGUCGCUCGUGUUUUUAGUCGUCAUUGCAGGAAUCGGGGGGUCGCUGUCGACCAUGCCACGUCUCGAUAUCGCCUGGUUGAUAUUGAUUAUGGUGGUUCCCGGCCUUGCCGUCACAUUCAUCUGGGACAUCGCCGAAGUUCUCUGCAUUCUCAAACGGGGCGGAAACCGGGGCAUCCAUCCCGGCGCCGUCGUCGCUAUCGACCUGAUACUUUGGCUCGGCUGGCUCACCGUCGGCUUCAUGCUGGGCGUGCUAGGUCUCAUGAGCCAUGCAGGUUCUUACAUCCUGGAUUAUAGUGGCUCCUCUUAUACCCAGUACGGGACUCGAUACAACUACAACCCGUCCAAAGCCACGCCUGAGGAUGCGGCUCUGGAGAGAGAGGUCUUGGGGAAGGGCCGGGCCCUCGUUGCCUUUGUCGGGCUUACAGUAAUCGUGCACUUCGUGCUCUUCGUCAUCGCCUGCCGCGAAACCCACACACGGAACAGCAUGCCGAGGACCAUAUAUGUCAUGCAGCCCGUUUCUGUGAUACCGGCUGGAUACCAGCAGCUCGAGUUCGUCCUGCCAAAGCAGAUGCAGAACCAAGUGUUCAUGCAAAUGCCGCCUGGCCAACCACCUAUUCAGCCUGCUGCAGCCGUUCCCAGACACUGA